AUGACCACGCCCAGCUCGCAUUUCCAUUCCCAGCUGCUGCUGCUGCUGUCAGUAAUCCUACUAGUCAUCCUUGCUGCCGCCGCUGAAGAGCAGCAGCAUCUGGGUUGCCCCGACAUGUGCGGCAACAUCAGCAUCCCCUUCCCGUUCGGCAUGGGGAAGGCUGGCUGCUUCCGCGAGGGCUUCCAGGUCUUGUGCAACUACUCCUUCGUUCCCCCUCGCGCCUUCCUUGCUGACACCAGAACAUUCAUGAAAAUGGAGUACCACACUUCUUGGCUAAGAGAGGCCAAGAACCUCACUUCGUGGGAGCUCAAUCACACGGCUUUAUGGUCGCUGCUUGAGCUCGUGAGCAUAUCACUUGCUACUGGCGAGGCACGAGCAUACGCUCCGGUCGCGUACAUCUGCAGGCCGUCUGAUUACAACCUGAGUGGUUACACACCGGGGUGGUCCAAGUCCCAGGUUAUGAAUUUCUCCAACUCGCCGUUCGCUGUGUCGGUAGCGCGUAAUGUUCUUAUCGGCGUCGGCGUGAGAGUCCAGGCUUUUCUGGGCGCGUCGGUGCCUGUGGAGUUUAAAGGCAGAGCUGCGUGGACGGAGAGGUCAUAUUGCUCUGCAGCACAAACGACGUCAAGGACGGGCAUGCUGCGGGACGGGCCGUGCACGACGGGCGGCUGCUGCGAGGUCCCAGUCGACGACUCCAGCACCAGCUACGGCCGUAGCGCCUUCAAGGAUUUCUUAUUGUCUGCCGAGGACGAGGGCCCCAACAUUUGGUGGAAACCCAUCUGCAACUACGGCAUGCUGGUGGAGAGGUCAUGGUACAACUUCUAUACGACCGACCUGGAGGGCACGGAGCUACUCAAAAGGUUCCCUCGGGGCGUUCCCCUCGCGCUUGAUUUCGCCGCUGGGAACGCUUAUUGUCCGGCGGAGGGACAGCCGCUGCCUCCGAACUAUGCCUGCGUCAGCGACAGCAGCUCCUGUGCCAACGCAACGUAUAGUCCUGGCUAUAUCUGCAAGUGCCGGGACAAUUACAUUGGCAACCCUUACGUCGCUCACGGAUGCCAAGACAUUGAUGAGUGCAAGCAACCCGAACUGUAUCCAUGCUCAAGUGGCGGGAUCUGCAAAAACAGGCCCGGAGGCUACGACUGUCCAUGCAAAUUCGGGAAGAAAGGCGACGGCAAAAAGGGGAGCUGCACAGAUGUAUUCACUCCAAUAGCAAAGGCCACUGUGGGUGCAAUAGGUGGUACUCUCCUCAUGGUGAGUCUAUUGUUUAUUGUUUUUCUUCGCAAAGAGAAAAGGAAGGUGGAAGAAUUCUACAAAAAGAACGGCGGGCCUACAUUAGAGAAGGCAAAAAUUAUAAAACUUUUCAAAAAGGAAGAGCUCAAGUCGAUAUUAAAGAGUAGCAAUUUUAUUGGCAAAGGUGGGUUUGGUGAAGUUUAUAAGGGAUUUCUUAACAAUGAACUAGUUGCAGUAAAGAAGCCAAUCAGUGGUAGUGCACUAGAGAUUGAACAAUUCGCAAAUGAAGUCAUCAUCCAGUCUCAAGUCAUACACAAGAAUAUUGUCAGGCUCAUAGGUUGUUGUCUAGAAGUUGAUAUCCCAAUGCUAGUCUACGAGAUCCUCCCUAAUGGUAGCCUAGAAGACAUUCUUCACAAUGGCAACAAGAUACCUGUCAAUUUGGAUCUGCGUUUAAGAAUUGCUGCAGAAUCAGCAGAUGGUCUAGCUUAUAUGCAUUCGAAGACAAGUACUAAGAUAAUACAUGGUGAUGUUAAACCAGCAAAUAUACUGUUGGAUGAUAAAUUUGUGCCGAAGAUCUCAGACUUUGGGAUAUCAAGGUUGAUUGCAAGAGAUAAACAACACACCCUAUCAAUCAUUGGUGACAGAAGCUAUAUGGAUCCUGUAUAUUUACAAACAGGCCUACUAACUGAAAAAAGUGAUGUCUACAGUUUUGGAGUUGUGAUGUUGGAGCUUAUCAGUAGGGAGAAGGCUACACAUUCUGACAAUAAUAGUUUGGUAAAUAAUUUCCUUCAAGCUCAUAAGAAAGAGAAGAAAGCAACUGAGUACUUUGAUGGAGACAUUGUUGUAACAAGUGAUUUAGAGCUUCUUGACAAUUUGGCGGAGAUGGCCGUGGGAUGCCUUAGCCUUGAUGUGGAUCAGAGACCAACAAUGAUGGAGCUAGCAGAGCAACUCUUCAAACUGAGCCGAUCCCGCCAGAUGGGUUUUACAGGCCUUACAGCUGGAAAGGAGCUAGCGAGCAGCAUGUUCUGA